GUUCUUAAAUUUCUUGCCACUUAGUUGCAGCUGCUCAUUAAUCAGUUAGAUCCUUUAACCAAACAACAAUUAUUGGCGAUCAACAACUUACAACAGUCAUCCCAACAGGUUGAGGAUGCUUUAUCCCAGGGAAUGGAGGCAUUGCAGCAGUCUUUGGCUGAGACUCUCGCAGGGUAUCUUGGACCUUCAGGUUCCUCUGGGAAUGUUUCCAAUUAUAUGGGUCAAAUGGCCAUGGCAAUGGGGAAGCUUGGAACUCUUGAGGGUUUCAUAUGGCAGGGAAUUUCAGUUUGAACUUAGCAAGAUACCCUACUGCCUUGCACCCAAGUGUGUAAGAUACUUACAGAGAUACCGUUGGAUAUCUAGAAGACCCACCGUUCAAAUAACCGAAGACUUCCCCAUUAAAUCUACAGGCUUUAUUCUAGAUUUACUCGAAAAUGUUGAGAGCAAUGUUGAGAUUAAAGGCUUGGACAAGCACAAAAGCAGAGGUGCCACAUGUACUGAGCACAUGGAAGAAAAUAUCCACUGUUUGAUGAACUGUUGUCUUUUGUUAAUUGCUUAAAGAAAUAUAGAUUAUCAGUUUCACGACCUCUUCCUCUUUCAUCACCUCAGAAUGUCGCUGCUACAAGUAUCAUUUCCAAUACCUCUGCACCAUUGGCACUACUUUAAGAUGAAAUUUCUACUACAUGCUACCAUUCUCUUCAGAACGUUGUAUAUCACAACACCUUUGGGGCUGACCUCCGCUGCAAAGAAGUAAUGUUCAAUUACAUUAUUAGCAUGUUUUGAUUUCACUUAAAUGAGUAACUUGACUCUACUGCAGGCUGCUUGACAAACUUAACAUCUAUUAUAUUCGGAUGGAAAUGUGGAUGAGUAGCAAUAAAACCAUCUGCCAAACUGAAAAACAACAACUAUCAUAUGUCAUAUCGGUCAAAUUGUAUGAUCAUCAACAACAAACGAGCUUCUUCUUGGUUGUCAUUGGGCCCGUGCUGGCACGGGCGCUUAACAUCUAGUACAACUGUAAAGAGGCCCAAACCAGCGGAAGCUUUUCAAAAGUAGCUGAAAAGGAAAAUAAAACUGGCCCAAUAAUUCUGGGCAGCAGCAGCUAAAGCCCGAAUGGCCCAAACUCAUUCUCUCUCUCUCUCUCUCUUUCUCUCUCUCUUGAUUAUUCGAUUGUAUUUAGUUAUUUUUGUUUUGAUUAAUUCUAACUUUGAAUACUUAAAUUAACUUAAUUAAAUGAAAACACUAUAUAGGCUUCAAGUGAAGUUUUACAAUGAAAAAAACUAAUACUUCAAAGAGUUACACGAAGUACAAAGAGAAGAACUACUCUUGUUGAUUUUUUUAAUACUUAGUAUUUAUUCUUUUAAAUAGGAGGAACAAGAAGAAACAUUAAAAGA